AUGGUCGUUAUUGCACCUUACAACGAAAACCAUCGAUCGUUAAUGCGAUUUCGGAAUCAGUUCCCAAAGAUGCACUUCCAUAUAGAGUCGUACAAUGAGUCCGUAUCAAACAAGUUGGGUGCUACUGCAAAUGAUCAUUUCAUCUACGACAGGAGAUGUGGCCGUUUAUCAAAUGUGAUUCGUUAUCCACGAAGUGAUGUCACUCGUUAUGACGAUAUUUUGAAUGCAUUGAAAACGACCAUCAAUUAUUCGCAUUGUGGUUGGUGUAUUUACGAUACUUUAUCAACUACAACAACGCCCAUUCUCGCUCCGUCGGUUCGUUCAUAUUACUGA